AUGACCGCCAGCAAAGCGACCUCCUUCUUUAAGCCCCGCUUCAACUCUGAUUUCAAGUCUUUAUCACUUCUUGCUGCACUUGAAAAUGUUUUAGAAGAUGAAUUAUUAGAUAAGACUGCGCUGGCGGUGGUGCAGCGGCGCAGUAGAGAGCGAGAAGCCAUUGCUCGGAUGCAAACUAUAUGGUUUUCGCUGCACUACGAUUUUUCUCCGUUGAAAAAAAUCAUAUAUACUUGA